AUGGCGCGUAUGGUCACAACCCCGUUCCCUGGAGACCAUUCUACGACCACAAAGCCAAAAGACGCCGUUGACCAGAAACGGGCCGCGAGCCCAAGUACUAGCCAGGACGUGCUCAACCCUACCAUAUCUCCAGGACAAUCGACUGAUGUAGCAAUCGAAGAAUUCGAAAUUACCUCUGCACUGAAGCUCAUAGCCGUCUCAGUGGCUCAGCAGCGCUUCCUCGCCGCUAAAUCCCUCGUCCUUCACCCGACCACCCUAACCCUGGUAGCCGCGAGUUUCGCAUACAGUGUCGGUGUCAUUUAUCAUCACCCAUCUUGCUGGCCCUACAUUGUUGUUUUCUGCACCACCGCGGUAUUGGCCACUCUAGGUAUCGUCACACGCUUGCUUGAGGGAUACAACGAUGAGGCUGAGAAGGUUGGAACACUGAACUGGCUGUACGGGCACGAUCCUAGCAGCGAUAACACUACUCAGGAAGAUCCUGCCUUCAACUCGGAUAGUGGGAUCACCUUUGUACUUGUUUAUCGAUUCGGGCGCUACAUUGUCGGCGCGCUUGUCAUGAGCAUCACCUACAACGGCAUCCAACCCCAUCCGAAAGCCAACGCAAUAACUCUCCCAAUAGGAGAAAACUACGAUGCCUGUGUACGUGCCUGGACAGUCCAAAAAGGCUUCCGGGGAUACGGGAUUGGCACUGCGCUCCUCAACGAAGCUAUUAGGAUCUGCUAUAAGCAUGAGUGGAAAGGACUCCGGUUCGCGACUUCCCACGCCAACUCCCUUCGCGUCUUUCACUCCCUCUUUCAUAGUGACAUGGACCAGGCGUCCGCUAUGUGGAGCUCGUAUCUGCGCAAGCGGGUCGAGGCUUAUCGCCAAUCCUGUGCUGUUUCUGAGACUAGAGUUCUUGAUGCGUCUCUACAUGCGAGUGAGAGCCAGAGCACGCUGAGUGAUACACGGAUGCGGUUUAUUUGUACCGAGGCGGAGAAGCUCAACCGGAUGUACUUCCAUGUACGCCUUGGACAGGUAGUUGAUGCUCAAACUCGGUGGAAGAAAAUCUUGUAA